UUGUUCUCCUUCCACAUGGCCGCAGAAGAUCAGGACAAUGAUGCUCCGGUGUCUCCGCCGCAUAAGCGGAGGGCGAUACAACGACCGCGGAGUCCGUUAAGGGAGACGCCUGCCGCCGGGGCCGAGGACCGAGAUGGAUCGCCGGGGGGGAACGGCGGGUCGCCGAUCCCCUCUCCGGUGGAACAUCCAGUGAGACCGUGGGGUGAUACGGUGCGGCCCGCCGGCCUGAUAAUCGGUGAUUCGUUGGUGCGGCACGCCAGAUUUGCCGCUGAUGCAGAUAACUGGCGGGUGACGGUAUGGGUGCCGCCCGCUGACAUUGGCGAACACUGGGCCGGCUGCCUAAGCAGCGGAGCGUUGAUCGAAGUGGUUCGGACAUGGGCCAACACUAAGGAAGUGUACCCGGCAGCGGUGGCACUCUGGCUCGGGGGUAACGAUGUCUACCCGCCGGAUGGACGGCGCAGAACGAUGAGCAAAGAGCUGUGGUCUUCGGUGACGGCCCAGGUUGCGGAGGUGGCCGCUAUCGCACCCGUCACUCUGGUCGGUCCGACACCGCGGCCCUCGCGAGACAGGUUAGCUGAUGAUUACGAGAGGGAUCGGUGGGAAAACACGGCUGCCUUCGGCUUGGAACGGCAAAUGGUCCGCUGGGCCCGGAAGCGGAACGGCAACGUGUCGGUGGCGUGUGUGGGGAGAUGCCUCACCAAGCGCCGUAACCAUGGUGGAGAAUCACGGUACUUCCUAACGGAUGACGUGGCCACAGAGUACUUCCAGCCGGAUGGCAUCCACCUGACCGCGGCCGGGUAUCGGAGGAUAGCAACGCGACUGCCGCCGUGGAUGGUCCCGCGACCGUGAGGGGAGCUGUGACGCGGGGAAACCAGUGGGUAGGUGGUCGCCCGAGUUACCGUCAUGUGAAGUGUAGGCGCCUUCGUUGUCAAGGGGGAAUGGUGUCUGGGCUUCAUAGUAGCUGGGAGUAGCUGUCACCUGGUGGCAAGGGCUGACACGCGUCGUCGCGUUUUGGACGCCUGUGCAACCGUCACUCGCGUCGGUUCGCUCGCGGCAAGACUUGCUGGCUGUGAGCAGUGCGGACGCGGGACUGUGCGUCCUGUCGAUCUAUAUGUGGUGUGUCAGUAAUACAGAUGCACGUAAAGGA